AUGGUGAAGGAUCAGGUGGAGGAGACAAACUCGUGUAUAUGUGAUACAAGUAAAUGUCCUCACUAUAAGGAUGGUACUUGUUAUGAGUCUACUUGUACAGAGUACAAGUCUGGCUGCCCCCCCGGAUGUAAGGGCUGCGAAAAGAGAUGCACGCCAGGACAGAAAUGUAAAUGUUGUACUCCCCGCUGUGGUUGUAAAGAUGAUUGUUACGCAAAGGACAGUAAUGGUACGUGUAAGGGAAAAGUACCGGGAGGUAGUUGUGAACGUUGUAAAGUGAAAUGCAAGGAUAGUGAUAAAUGCAUAUGCUAUCAAUGCAGCUGCGGAACGCAAUGUAAUGGCUUCCUUUGUGCCUGCUGUUACUUUUGCAAUCCUGGCAAAUGUAAGAGUAAAGAUACUUGCGACGGCUACGUACUCGGGAAAUGUGCUGAUAAAUGCCAAGGCCACGGCACAUACGAUGACAACGGACAGCCUUUCUAUGCCAAAGAAUGCAAAUGCACCCGUGGUGAGGACUGCAAGUGCUACACUAGCAAACACGAUCGGAAAUGCAGGUGCAUUUUCGGCGAACCGCAAAAGGAUGGCAACUGCUUGAUAAAAUGCGACAUGUGUGGCAAAUUGUGCUCUCAAGACUCGUAUGUUCGCCUGGGCACUAUAGUGGUUGUCUUGGUUGCAAUCGCAGUGAUCCUGCUUUUCGUUUGGCACCAGUACCGCGAUAAACUCCGCAAGAUGUUUUUAUGA